AGUUUUUUUAUGUAAUGCAAAAUCAGUUUUGAUUUUAACAGACUAUUUUGUACGCCAUUUUAUGAUAUAUGUUACUUUACUAUGAAUGAAAGCUAACUUACUUUAUAUAAUUCGCAGCGAUAUCAACACAGGCAGUCAAGUGAAGAAGAUGUCACUAAAAGAAAUGCAAGUGUCGAUAGAUGAUGCGAAAACAACAAGCGAACGUCUGAGGAAACUACGAAAACAACUGGCCCCGCCAAUCAUCACGCCCCAGAAUAUUCCAGAAUUUACCAUCCCACCCUCAUACAAACAACUCUCGUCGCAAAACAAACUGCAAUGCAGACUUCCUAUUCAAAAAAUACGGAAGAUUGAAGUCACAAGCCACUCAACCAAUGAUCAGCCAUAUGACAACAAGGAUGAUUUUUUCAAACGGAUCUCCAUGACAAAUAUUCUGCCUAAUCACAUCAGCAAGUCGAUUUGGGAUAUGCUGAAGCAGCCGGAAUGGGAUUGUCUCCCUUCGACUGAGCUCAACACUAAAAAUGAAGAGCUCACAAACGAAGAGCCAAUCCAGAACAAGGUGAUCGCCCCGAGCUGGGCCAGUGUGUUGCAGAAACCCGCUCCGGGCAAGGGUUCGCCCGCAACACCACAGAGAUCAAGGCCAGCUGAAGACCUUUCCAAACUCGAUUGUAAUCUGCACGAGAACUGUAGCGUGACAUCUUCUAUAAAGGGAGACAACUGCACUUCGAACUGGGAUCCACUAUAUGGGACACGUGGCAGUGAAGAGCAAGAUCAGGCAGAUGAGGAAAUAGUAGACGCACUGCCAGUAAUAAUGGCGAAGCAAAUCCUUAACGGGAUGCCUCCUAUGGCAAAGACCUACGCUAUGUGUCUGACAGCCGACGUCGUAAUAACGACUCGGGGUGGCAGUAGCCGCACUGCGUCUGUGGAAAAUAUAUUACCCACAGUCAGUGCUUGGCCCAAACAGUUCAUUUGUCGGCCUACCGUAAACAACAAAGAGUAGCAUCCACCAAGAAUGGUCUAGUAAAAUUAUGGAAAGCUUCUUUUGGUUAUUUUUGUGUGUAUUUCACAUGUUUUAAAACAAGUGUUGUAAUGGUUGGACUAAGCAUUGUAGGCCUACAAAUGUAUUGUUUUGAUAUGUUGAAGUUGUAUGUGUGACACUGUGGUUUAAAACUUUAAUGGUUUAGUGUGUUAACAUUUGCCAUUGUAUUAUUGAAAUUUGUAAUUUAUUCAGUUUUGUAACUUAUUCAAUUUUGUAAUUUUCUAUCGGCAAUAAAAAGUUCUUCUUUUACACUGUUAUUGAGAAAUCAUUAUUUACGAGGUACAUAACACCAAAUCAAACCACAGGCCCACCAACAGUAAAAUGUAUAUUUAAAAAUCCAUGCUUUAAACAAAAACAAAAUUGAAAAAAAACGCUUCGCCGUGUUAAUUCUGAAACUUAGGUUUGACCGAUUUUUUUAUGGCGUUAUUUAUGAUAAUAUUACAUCAUAAAAAUAAAUAAUUAUAUAACCUGUUGCAAAUUCAAUGGGUACUAUUCAUCAUUGAUUUUAAAUGUUUAUACCAGGUGAAAAUAGGCCUUUAAGUCAGUGACAAGCAACUCUAAACAUUUGAUAUUUUGUAAUUUAAGUUCUACCAUGUCCAAUGCAUGUUUCAUUUAAACUGUUCAUUUUAAUGAUUCAAAAUUGAUAACACCAAUUUGAAAAGAUCAUAUCAAUUUUAUUAUUUUAAUGUUUUCAGUAAUAGGAAUUGAUUUGUACCGGUGCGUAAUAAGUGCAUGAGUUCAGACAAGGGACACAAGCGACAUUGCAAUCCCAUAUUCUUAGUUAAAAACCGUGUUAAAAAAGUAUUAUUACUGAACAAAAAUAUUGAAAACGAAUGGAAAUAAAUUGUUCAUGUAAAAUAAUAGUGUUUUUUCUGAAUCAAGAGCACAUGU